GAAAGCCAAAGGUACUUCGUACUAGAAGAUUUACCAAUGGACAUGCCACCUGAAGUCCCUAAAGAAGAUGGCAGACCAAAGUGGGAUAACAAGUUCCAGUAUAUCUUAAGUUGUAUUGGAUUUGCCGUCGGCUUGGGGAACGUGUGGCGGUUUCCAUACUUGUGCCAGAUACACGGAGGCGGGGCGUUCCUGAUUCCAUACUUCAUCGCUCUUAUCUUUGAAGGAAUCCCACUGCUGCAUCUUGAACUUGCCCUAGGACAGUGCCUGAAGAAAGGCAGCAUCAAUGCUUGGCACACCAUCUCACCUUACCUGGGAGGAGUCGGGGUUGCUUCAUUGAUGGUGUCGAUUCUGGUGAGCUUAUAUUACAACACCAUUCUAACGUGGGUGAUGUGGUACUUCAUCAACUCUUUCCAGGAACCCCUUCCAUGGAGCACCUGCCCUCUAAAUGAAAACAGAACAGGGCUCAACAAAGAAUGUUAUGAAAGUACUGCAGUCAAUUAUUUUUGGUACAGGAAAACUUUGAACAUAACACCUGACGUCACCGACAGCGGCACAUUACAGUGGUGGCUUGUUUUGUGCUUAGCAGCUUGCUGGGCAAUUGUGUAUCUCUGCACCAUUCGAGGGAUUGAAACCACAGGAAAGGCAAUUUAUGUAACAGCAAUAUUUCCUUACUUGGUCCUAACUAUAUUCCUUAUUCAUGGACUCAGUCUACCAGGAGCCACCGAAGGUCUAGUGUACCUUUUCACCCCUAAUCUGAACAUCCUGAAAAAUCCCCGUGUGUGGCUUGAUGCAGCCACCCAGAUUUUCUUCUCUCUUUCUUUGGCUUUUGGAGGGCUUAUUGCGUUCUCAAGCUACAAUCCAUCAAAAAAUGACUGCGAAAAGGAUGCUGUGACAGUAGCCGUUGUGAACAGCAUAACAUCCCUCUAUGCUUCCAUCCCAGUCUUUUCUGUUCUGGGAUUUAAAGCAAUCACAGGCUAUUGGGACUGCUUGGACAGGAAUAUUAUCAGUGUCAUCAAUGAAUAUGAUCUUCCAGAACAAAGCAUUACACGACAGAACUAUACAGACUGGAUCACGUUCCUGAAUUCAUCAAAUCCAAAAAAACUCGCUGGUCUCAAACUGAAAAGCUGUGACCUUCAAGAAUUUCUUGAUCGGAGCGUAUCAGGAUCUGGCCUGGCUUUCAUCGUGUUCACUCAAGCCAUUAUCCUAAUGCCAGGCUCACAGGCCUGGGCCAUCCUGUUUUUUGUAAUGUUGUUCAGCUUGGGCCUCUCUUCCAUGUUUGGAAACAUCGAAGGAGUCUUCACUCCUCUUCUAGAACUUCAAGUUAUAUCUAAAUCAAUACCUAAAGAGCUUCUGUCUGGUAUAAUAUGUCUAGCUUCCUUCCUUUUUGCUCUGUGUUUUACACUGGGUUCAGGGAGUUACUGGAUUGACAUUUUUGACAGCUAUGCAGGCUCAGUGCCUCUUCUAGUUAUCGCUUUCUUUGAGGUGAUUGGGGUUGCGUACGUCUAUAAAAUUAAAAGGUUCAGUAAAGACGUGAAAUGGAUGACUGGACGAAAACUAAAUCUCUACUGGCAAAUCACAUGGAGGUUUAUAAGCCCUCUGCUCCUGCUAAUUGUCUUUGUGGCCUUUGUUACUCUCCAAAUACAGAAGACACCAACCUAUGCAGCCUGGAACCCCAAAUAUGAACACUUCCCUGUGAAGGAACAGAAAGUCUAUCCACCUUGGGUACAGGCCAUCUGUGUGCUUUUGGCUGCUCUUCCUUGUAUAUUUGUACCUCUGGUAGCAGUCAUCCAUCUGAUCAAACGAAUGUGCAGAAGGAAGGACCCAAGCCUUGUAACACCAGAAAUGUUUUCAUGUCAAGAAGUUAACAGCAACUUUCCUCAUUCCCCCGAAAAAUAAAUAUUCUUUCUGUCUGUAA